AUGGCUAUUCACAAAUCCACCAAGUAUUUGAUAGCCGCGGCUGUUGUUGUGGUUCUGUUUCUGGCGUCUACGCGGGGGUCGACGCCAGAGAAGCCCCACGUGCUGCAUCCAAAGGUUGACCGCAUCAACAAGCUGAACAGGUACUCGUCUAAUGUUAACAAAUAUGGGCUCAAGUUCAACGAGAAGCUGAUGGGGACCGCCAAGGGCGGGCAGAGAGAAGGGCUUGCGGACGCCGACCACGACGGAAAGCUGUCGAUCGACGAGAUCAUGAAGGUUCUGGAGUACGACGUGGCAGGGGCCAACGACACCAACGAGGAGAUUGUGGACGAGAACAUGGACUUUUACAAGGAGGUGUACUCGAAAAAAGUGACCGAGCCCAAAUUUGCCAAGCUCACGUACAACGAGGUCUACGACGAGAGCGGACUGAAGAGAGUGUUGAGCAAAGACGAGUAUCCGCGUGCUAAUGCCACGCUUCUGACGCUUGUGAGAAACAAGGAGCUGCGUGCAAUUGUCCAUACGAUCAGACAGAUCGAGUCGACUUGGAACUACCAUUUCCACUACCCUUACACGUUCAUCAGUGACGAGGAGUUCACGUCCGAGUUCAAAGACACCGUCAGAAGACACUGUUCUGGCGAGGUGUUCUUUGAGAUCAUUCCGCAGGAGAUCUGGCGUAAACCGUCCAACAUCGACCCGGAACAGGAACAACGCGGAAUUCAGAGGCUCAAGGACAACGGGGUUCAGUACGCAGACAUGGAGAGCUACCACAACAUGUGUCGGUUCAACAGUGGCUGGUUCUACCGACUGGAAGGUCUUAAGAAGUUCAAGUGGUACUGGAGAUUCGAGCCCAACACGGACUACUACUGCUCGAUCGACUACGAUAUUUUCAAGUUCAUGGAGGACAACGACAAAACGUACGGAUUCACCAUCUCGUUGUACGACGACCCGCUCACCGUGGAAACCUUGUGGCCCGUGACCAUGGACUUUGUCAAGCAGAACCCGCAGUACGUGCACCCGAACGGCGCGUUCCAGUGGCUCACAGACGCCGUGCAGAACCCGACCUACACCAAGCAGGCCAACGGAUACUCCACAUGCCACUUCUGGUCCAACUUUGAGAUUGCUAACAUGGACUUUUACAGAGGAGAGGCCUACUCCAAGUGGAUAGAUGCUCUCGAAGCCGCAGGCGGAUUCUAUUACGAGAGAUGGGGAGACGCUCCGGUUCACUCUGUGGGAGUGGGGCUGUUCGAGGACAAGAGCAAGGUCCAUUGGUUCAGAGACAUUGGCUACCACCACUCGCCAUACAAAUCCAUUCCUAAUUCCGACAAGUGCACGGCCCCUGAGGACUCGGGCUACUUCGCCCCUGAAGACGUCCACCGCCAGAACUGUCUGUCCAACUGGAUCAAAUACGAAAUGACUCACAAGGAGCUGCAACAGUAUUAA